AUGCCGCUUCCUUCAUUCAAGUCUCUGGGUGCGAGACGGAGAGAGAACAGGGCUCAAGUGCCGGUUCAAACGAAUGAUGGCGUUCAUGAUGGAGUGGCAGGACAGGAUAUAUCCUCAGAUCGAACUUUGACACCAAGUUUCUCGCCGGGAGUAAACAUCAAACGAGCAACUCGAACACGGAAAAUAUGGAUUAUGAUCUCCAGCUUUCUCUUCUUCGUAUCCCUAAUUUUCCUCAUCCUCGUUUUAAUCGGAAACCUCAACGACCGUCCCGUCCUCCGCGACACCUACUUCUUCACCCUCGACCUCGCCAACAUCCUCCCCGUCUCCGCACCCGACGACAUCAUGUUCGUCAACUCGCUCGCCCGCUCCCUCGGCCUCCACGAUUUCUACCAAGUCGGGCUCUGGAAUUUCUGCGAAGGCUACAACAACGAAGGCAUAACCUACUGUUCGCCCCACCAAACCCUGUACUGGUUCAAUCCGGUUGAGAUCCUGCUCAACGAACUUCUAUCCGGCGCUACUAUCACUUUACCAGCUGACAUCAAUGACAUCCUGGAUUUGAUCAAGAUCGCAAGUCAUAUCAUGUUUGGUUUCUUCCUGACAGGAGCAUGUAUGAAUUUCGUAAACAUCUUCCUCGCUUACAUCACGCUUUACUCACGCUGGUGGUCUCUCUUUUUCGUCAUCUGGUCUUUCAUCUCCACGCUCAUGACCGUGGCAGCGGCGAUCAUCGCAACCGUCAUGUUCAUUAUCUUCCGCAACGUAAUCACGAGCCAGGAGAGCUUAAACAUCGGUGCGGCGGUGGGAACGCAGAUGUUUGCGUUCAUGUGGACGGCGGCGGCGAUGAGUUUGAUUGCGUGGAUCAUUCAUUUGUGUUUGAGUUGCUGUUGUGCGAGCAGGAGGGAUGUGAAGAGUGGCAGAAAAAGAGGAAGUGGAAAGGCGUAUGGGGAUGUGGCGGCGGAUGAGAAGAAGGAGAAGAUUGGGAAGAAGAAGAAGUUCGGGAGUAGUAUGUUUUCGUCGAGGAAGAGUGAGAGUGUUUGA